AUGGUGCUGCCGAAGCCCAUUCCCGCUAUGGAGGACGACCCGAUCUCCGUGUCCCCCAACGCACUGAUCCUCUGCACGCUUUCCGCUCUCGCGGUGAAGCUGUUCGUUCCGACUGGCGACAUCGCUCUGGUUCUUGCCAUAGUUCUUCUUGUCAAGGUCUUGAGCUAUAUUUCGUGGACCAAGGACGUUGUCGCCAACGACAACAGCGAUGCUGGCCCCGUCGGCAUUGACGACGAACUUGACGCUGGCUCUGCCACCGGUCUUGUGACUGACGACGGCACCGGAUCGGCCUUCGACACCAGCGGCAACACCAUCACAGGCACCAUGUCUUCUACGGCGUCGCCCACCAUUGACCUCGCUUUGGCACUUGACAGCUUCGAGAGCGCCUUUGACACUUGCUUUCACAAGACCAUUGAGGAGAAUGCCCUCUCUGAGGCCCAGCUGACAGUUGCCAACCUCACUCUCCACGACACUCUCACCCCGGGCCCUGUCCUCCGCAUCACCUACUAUGGGGAUGAGGAUGAUUUCCUCCUUACUCAGUCGAUCCAGUCGGCCGCAUUUGUCCCCGAUGCCGACAUUGAUGACAAUGAGCUUCAAGUCGACAUGACCUCGGAGCUCGGCCACGAGGAUAAGAAGGAGGAUGAUACCAUCGUCUCCGACCAGGAUGUUGAACACAACGAGGACAUGUCCAUGAUUCAACUUCCCAACAUGCAUGACUGUCGUCUCAGCGCAGGACUCGGUCACUACACCUCUGAGAGCAUUGGGAACAUUGAGAGCCACUCGGACAUCUCCAGUGAUGUCGACGUCCCAGAAUCUGCCAACAUUGACGAGCUUGAGCAAUUUGACGAGCCCACACAAAACAAUGAUGAGCAGCAGCUGGAUGAGCAGAGCACCCAUGGUCUUUCUACUCCCAUCGACAAACUUCCAGCUUCCGAUGACAUGGAAGUUGAAGGACCCAGCUUUUCCAACCAGCCCACCUCCGAUAUCAACUUCGACGACCAUGAAGAUGGACCAGCUGCCGUCCGCGAGCACGACCGCGAAAACCUCUGCUCCGCUGAAAAGAUGUUUGACAAUCCUCUUCCUCGUCCCCGCUUCACCACAAAAUAUGCGAGCAUCGACGACGACACCAGCCUGGAGUCUCCUGGCGACAAGUUCCGCCUCAAGCUUCAUACCAUAUUUGAGGAAACCGAAGAAGAACGGGAGAUGGUUCGUGAGAUCUUAAAGGCCCGCGGCCCAGCUCCGACCUACGCCCCUAUCCUCGAAAUGGCCCGGCUUCCCAGCCUCUCCGAUGAUGAAUACGAGGAGCCCUCGCUGAAGUCGCUCGACAUCAGCAUUGAGUCGUCCAACUUUGACACCCAUCCCUCGCUCAUGAAGGCCCCGGAAGUCAACCCCAAGCCGGCACCCAAAUCCGAGUUCCAGGUCUCACCUUCGCCAGAGCCCAAGAGAAACUCCUUUUCCUUCCCCCGUCCGGCCAAGACCACCACCGCAUUGACGACUAGUUGCGAUGUUAUUCCCAACUAUACUUCCGCACUUCCCACGCCACCCACUACUCCCAAUCCGAUUGUCGUCGAAAGCUCUGACGACACCUCUUGCAAGCAUGCCACAGCUUCGACCACAGCCUCUGCUGACAACGAGGAUGCCAAUCUUGCCGGCACUUCCUUCCAGAACAACUCCUUGAGCUCCGACUCCGAAUCGGACGAGCUUGACUACUUUCUCCGGCAGGCAGGCUUGGACGUGACUACCUCGCCCGCCGACAAUUCCUCCAACGGCAACGGUACCAAUCCAGCCGAUCCUAUCACAGCCAGCACAUCCACCGGCAUCGUCCCUGAAUCGAUUCCUACCAUCAACAUGACGCUCGCAGACCUCGACGCUGCUGAUGAGUAUGGCCGCAAUUAUGACCGUCUGUGUGGCUACAGCCUCCCACGGUGCACCUGGGCCUUGCUCGACAAGCCUGCUGCCUUUGGAAAAUGCAGCGGUCCGCUUCUGAUGCUCACAACCCCCGAGGGAGACAUCAAGUACCCGGAAGACAUGAAGUGCUAUGAUGGCGCCUUUAACUGGGCCGACGACAGCGACGAGGAGGAGGAGGAGGGCGACUCGGACGCCUACUAUGCUUCCGCGUCUCCUGCUGCUACAAAGUCGACUUGA